AUGUCGACUCCUCAGACCGCCACUCUUGCGCCGAAUCACUACCAGCCUCACCAGUAUCUUCCAGCCAUGACGGACUACUCAUAUCCCCCGCAACCAUAUGCCAACGCCUAUCCUCCGCCAUCACGAACUUCGACUACCACCACAAAUCCUGCCGCGCCCGCUACUGCCAACCAGCCUUAUCCUGCACCGCCUUCAACCGCUGCCUCGUCAAAUGGCACUGCCGUCAAGAGACAGAGGAACCAGCCCGUCGAUUGGAACGCUUUCUAUGGCGGCAAGCCUCCCAAGGAAAUCAUAGUCAUCGACGACGACGACCAAGACGAAGCACCAGCCCCCAGCCAGACAUAUCAAGAUGCUGCCAUACCCUCGGCGAGUAGCACGGCUCAGCAGCACAUGGAUAAGCGCAGGAAGACGACAAACUACGAUCCCGUCUACCACCACGCCGAAUACUCAAACACCCACACGCCCUAUUACGACGCCGCUUCGACAGACCAGAACCCGACAUCGUACAAGACGUCGGCUGCCACAUCUCUGGCUUCGCAAGCGAGUGCGAGUGCCUACGCCGAAGACGCUGCCACGGGCCAGAAGCGCAAGAGGACCACUCGUCAGGCUGCUGCCGACCAAAAGAAGCGCGAAGUCAAUGCUCGUCCCGAUCCUUUCGCCGAGUAUGUGCCUCCGCCCAAGCCACCGCUCAAGGCAAAGGAUGUCUUUGUGCCCUUGGUGCCAGACAGAACGACCAAGCGCGACCAGAAGGUAGACGAUGACGACGGCCAUUACAUAGUGCACGACCAAGCUGAUCUGACCGAGCGAUAUUCCAUCGUCAAGCUCCUCGGCCAAGGCACGUUUGGCAAGGUGGUGCAAGCUUACGAUCGCAGAAGGCAUGCCGACGUGGCCAUCAAGAUCAUUCGCUCUGUGCAGAAAUACCGUGAUGCUAGCCGCAUCGAGUUGAGGGUCUUGUCGACGUUGGCCUGCAACGACAAGCACAACCGCAACAAGUGCAUUCAUCUGCGAGACACGUUUGACUUCCGCAACCACAUUUGCAUUGUCACCGACCUCUUGGGCCAAAGCGUCUUUGAUUUCCUCAAGAGCAACACCUUCGUGCCUUUUCCGAGCACCCAUAUCCAGCAGUUUGCGCGCCAGCUCUUUACCAGCGUUGCCUUCCUGCACGAUCUCAACCUCAUCCACACCGAUCUCAAGCCAGAAAACAUUCUCCUUGUACAGAACCACUAUCAGACCUUCACUUACAACCGCAACAUCCCUUCAUCAUCAAAUACAAACCCUCGCUCGGCAAAGUUCCGCAGGGUGCUUCUCGACCCAGAGAUCCGCCUCAUUGACUUUGGCUCGGCUACCUUUGACGAUGAGUAUCACUCCUCGGUCGUCUCGACCCGACACUACCGUGCUCCCGAGAUCAUACUCAACCUUGGCUGGAGUUUCCCUUGCGACAUUUGGAGCAUCGGCUGCAUCCUGGUCGAGUUCUUCACUGGCGAUGCCUUGUUCCAGACGCACGAUAACUUAGAGCAUCUGGCAAUGAUGGAAGCCGUAUGCAAUACCCCCAUUGACAAAGCACUGGUCCGUCAAGUCACUGCCGGCCGUGGCAGCAACAAGAAUUCUGCUGCAGCCUACUUCAGACGCCAGUUACUCGACUACCCCCAAAGCGACACUCCUCGCUCAUCGCGCAAGUUUGUCAAGGCGAUGAAACCUCUUCAUGUAAGCCCUCCCGUCAUCUCUAGACUUGGAGCCUUCCCUUGCCCCCCUAUCCUCUCACCUGGCCCAACUGCUCCUCGAGUUGCCCGCCCAGCUAGUCUCAAGCAGAACCAGUUUGCACCAUACUUAUACGCUCUUCAGGAAAUCAUCCCAGCACACAACGAGUUCAACCGCAAGUUCCUCGAUUUACUCAAAAAGAUCUUUGUCUAUGACCCAAAGAAGCGUAUAACGGCACAUCAAGCUCUGCAACACGAUUGGUUCAAGGAACACUAUGAAGACGACGGCACAGAAGCCGAAAAGAUCAGAGUCGAAAGACAACGUGCCGCCCGCCUCGAAGCCCAACGAAGUCAACAACCGGAAUCUCAAGUCGGCCAGAUCAAUCGAUGA